UAGUAUCUCGUCUGUGGUUAUGAUAAAAGAUUGAAUGUAGAUGUUUGGUAUAUACCUUGUCCAGUUUAAGAUAUUUUGCUUCAUCGUGUAAAGAAGAUGAAUCGUCAUCCAAAUACUGAUUACAAAAAUCGCAAUGAGCCGCAAGUCGAAUUAGAAAGUCAAUAUAUUCUUCGUCUGCCACCGGAACCUGCUAGAGUACUUAAGGAAACAUUGAAUAACGGUCUUUCUUUAAAAGAUAGACUAACUAUUAAGUUAGAAAAUGACCUGCGUUACGGUGAGGUUAGGUUAGACCAUUGGUUACUCCAUGCUAAGGUAGUGGAUUUACCAACAAUUGUAGAAUCUUUAAAAACUAUUGAUAACAAGAGCUUUUAUAAGACUGCUGAUAUAUGUCAAAUGGUGAUAUGUAAAGAGGAAGAUGAUCAUACUGCAACAGAUGAAGAAUCACCUGUUAAGCAAAAAAAGAAAGAUCCAAAUAAGGUUGACAAAAAGUUCCUCUGGCCUCAUGGUAUAACACCAUCCACUAAAAAUGUAAGGCGCAGAAGAUUUAGGAAAACUUUGAAGAAAAAAUAUGUAGAAGCACCAGAAAUUGAAAAGGAAGUUAAGCGUUUGUUACGAGUGGAUAAUGAAGCAGUUAAUGUUAAAUGGGAAGUAAUAUGUGAAGAUGAGGACCAGACAAAACCAAGCAAAGUAUCGUCGUCUGGUACAGUUAAAACCAAACGGGACAGUGUCAAUGGAAAUAUGUCUCAAAGUCUGGAUGUUGCUGAACAUGAUAUAUUUGGUGAACCUGUAAGCGACAGUGAAGACGAUGAUGAAGAGGCAAACAUAAAUGUAAUGGAAGAUGAGAACAGCCAUCUCUCAGCAGAUAGCAGAAUUUCAGAUUCCAAUUCUAUGCAAGCACCAUAUUCCGAAAGAUCAAAUAAUAAUGCGACAACGAGUAACGGAUUAGUAACCGAGUUUAGCAAAGAGAUGUUCCAAAAUGAUAAUAAUGGUGAUGCAGAAACUGAAAAACAACAGGAAGAAGCUAGUACAUCCAAAGUAUCAAAAUUAGAUCAAUUUCAUUCGGAAUAUAUUAUUUCUGAUAAUUAUACAGAAUCACCAUCAGUGUCUGUGUCUAAAGAUUCCCUGCAGACGCGUCUCGCAACUCUUCAUGCGGAACUGGCAGAGUUGCGACAGAGAAGACAACAACAAGAGAUUGAGAUAGCUAAUAUAGAGAAUAUUAAAUUAAGACAGAGAUUCCAAGAGAUUUUAGAUAAUUUACUAACUCAAGAAAUGCAGAAAGUGCAAGAGAUACAAGAUCUAGAACUGGAAUAGAAUAUGCAAAGAAUAUAAGAAUAUAAUAGUAAUUAUCUGAAACAUAUGUAUAUAAAUUUGACACAUUACAAAAUAUGCCAAAUCAUAUUUCUG